AUGCAGGAUCGAGACAUUCAAGACAGUGAAGCCGCCGAAAGCGUCGAGGGUGGCGGCCAAGCUCAUGAAGUUUCCACUGUUGCAUAUACCGACACAACUACUGCCAUGGAACAAAUCGCUGCUGCUACCUGUACCACCGGUAUGCAUGAGAGUGAUACCCACGAGCUGAAAGCGGUGGAAAGGAAAAUGACACCCGAAGAAAAGGCUCAUCGAGAAGAAAUUUUGCAAUUGACCGCGACUGCCGCUACCACUGCUAGUAGUACCACUGCCGUUAUUCACAUGGAAGGACACGAAGCAGCAAAAGACCAAAAGCAUGCAGCCAAAAAAACACAAGAAAACCAAGGAGUUGCAGAUGUUGAAAACGGCCACAGCAAUGUCGAAGAUUCUGCUUACACGGCUCUUACUGGCAUGGCAGCUCGAUUGGACAACCCCCACCAGAGCGGUCAGCUAUCCUUCUUUCCAAAAGAGAAAACAGACGAUAGCAAAAUGCCCGCAAAAUCUAAUCCCAACGAAGAGAUCUCGAGCAACACCGAUUCUGCAUUUGCUUCUCUCACAAACCUUCAAGCCCGAUUUGACAACACCCAACAAAGUGGCCAGCUGUUGUUCUUCCCCCACAACAAAUCAUCUGGACAACAACAACAACAACAGCCAAGCAAUCAAAUGGGACAAGCAGAAAACAGCAGCAGAAUGGAAACAGUGGAUAAUCCGUCUUUGACCGUAUCCUACCAGGAGCCUGCUCCCAGCACUGGCAUCUCUGGGUUCUUCCCCACCUUCUACUACUGA